AUGACGCACCUGGGAGAUGUUUACACAUCCGACAAAGCCACGCUGCCUCAAGUGUACGGUAUGUAUCAUUUUUAAAACAUGUCUCAGCAACGGGUCUAGGGGGUUGUAGAUUAUGGGGGUUGGACGUUUCUUAAGCGCAUGUCGGAGUCUGGGGCGAUGGGUCAAACAUGUUCCUGCUUCACAUGCUCUCGUUAACUCAUGGCCAUAGUUCUAAACUGUCCACAUACGCACACAAAAUAAAAAAUGUAACAAAUUAUUCUUAAUACUAAUUUCACCGUAAUAUCUGCUGUCAUAAGCGAUUAAACGACUUAAAAAUCUCGUCUCAUGAGACGUUAUACUAGUUGGACUGAAAGAAGCUUGUCUUAUCAGCCAUUCUGACAAACAAUGACUUUCCUCAAAAUGAUUAGUACGUAAACAAAAACGGUAAAAUAGGACACGUUCCAGCGCAGCGGCUCUCAACCUGUGGGUUGCGACCCUUUUGGGGUCGAAAGACCCUUACACAUGGGUCGCCUAAGGCAAUCGGAGAACAUAUCUUUGUUGUAGCAACGAAGAUAAUUUUUUGGUUGGAGGUCAUCACACCAUGAGAAACUGUAUUUAAGGGAAACGUCAUAUAGAAGGUUGGGAACCACUGAUUAGGAGCUUUAGCUAAUUGUUUUAUUCAACGUUCUUUCAACGUGUGAUGUAUAUAAUUCUUGCUAUCUAAUUUUUGUUCUGUGCAAAGCUAUAUGCAGUAAAGGUUAUAAGGAAAGGCAAGGUAUGUGGUAAUUGGUUGAUCAAGUGUUGUUCAUUGUUUGUUAUAGAGCCAUUUCUUCAUCAUUUUGUUUUUUUUCAUGUUUUUUUAUUGGGGACGUUUGUUCCUCAUUUGGUGUUGUUCAUGUGGAACCAUCUUUAGGUCAGAGGGAACCAUCUGUAAGUCAGGGUAAACCCUCUGUAGGUUAAGGGGAACCAUCUCUAGGUUAAGGAGAAAAAUGUAUAUGUAAGGGGGAACCAUCUGUAGUUAGGGUGAACCAUAUUUAGGUUAGGGGGAACCAUCUGUAGGUUAGGGGAGAACAAUGUAUAGGUUAGGGGAACCAUCUGUAGUUAAGGUGAACCAUAUUUAGGUUAGGUGGGAACCAUCUGUAGGUUAGGGGAGAACAAUGUAUAGGUUAGGGGAACCAUCUGUAGUUAGGGUGAACCAUAUUUAGGUUAGAGGGGAACCGUCUGUAGGUUGGGGGGGGGAACCAUCCGUAGGUCAGUAAGGAAACAUUUGUAGGAUAGGGGAACAAUCUGUAGGUCGGGGGAAAACAUUUGUUUGAAGGGGAAACCAUACGUAGGUCAGGAAGGAACCACCUGUAGGUCAGGGGGAAACAAUCUGAAGAUUAAUGGGGAACCAUAUGUACGUUUGCGGGAACCAUCUGUAGGUGAGUGGGCAGAACCAUAUAUAUUCACCCAACAUUCUUAAGUAAAAUUGAAACCACAGAAUCACAAGUUAUUUGAUCGUCUCAAGUUAUUAUUUGUUCUAUUGGGCUAUUGUUUAAAUUGGGACUUUCGCUCCACUACUGCUCCAUACAGCUUUUUAUUUGUGACUUUGCAGUGCUACACUGCUCUAGGGAAACUUCAGCUAAUGAGUGAGCUUUUUUUUUUAAAUUUAAAGUUUUAAGGAUAGUUUAAAGCAAAAAAGAAAAACAAAAAACUUGUCUAAAAGUGUCCACUAUUUGUGGGUGUCUUGUGUCAUGUUCAAACGUUGUUUCUUAUUAAGUCUCAUCAAGUCAUUUUAUUUCAAAGGAUUCUAGAUUGAUGAUUUUUAAACAGCCUCAGUUCAUUUCAAGCGAUUUUUUAUUUUCACUUUUAAUGUGUUUAACCUCCAAAACGACGACCCCAUCAAGUUGACAUUUACACCGUGAAGAUCGACGGCACCGAAGUGCAGCAGGAACCCGCCUGCAGCAUGCAGUUCGUCGUCAAGGCGAAUCAUGUGUUGGAGUUUUGCUGCAUAGCGCACAGCCCCAACAUAACGCUGGAGAUAGCGAGAGACGGGGGGAGCCUAACGACGUCGACGAGCCCGUGUGCCAAAGUGGAAGCCGUCAUCGACACGAAACUGACAGAGUUUGACUUCUCAACUCAUGACGC